AUGGCAGCUCCUAGUUCAAACCGCCACUCCCACUCCUUGCAGAACAGUACCGACACUACAUCCUCCACACAACACUCACAUGGCACGGCGCUCCCAAAUGCGAAUAGCACCGCCAGUCUCUCCUCCCAGCAGCCGAUUGUACCGGGCACAAAGCACAACCAAGACGACGAGGGUACCGCGCAGCCAACCACCCAAUCGAAUAGUGCAGACGGCUCGAGGACUGGUUCGACUACAAAAGACCCCCUCUCUGCUACAAGUGCAGCCGUUCCGUCACUCAAUCAGAAACAGUCCACGAUUCAGCUGGUCAUUGAUGACGAGGUGCACCGCGCUGCAAACAAGAAACCUCCGUCACUCACAGAAGUCUUGUUGAGCUGGAAGUACGAGCUCCUCGCGGCGCUGUUCGUCAUCGGCCUCCUUGUUUGCCAGAUUGUCGUGCUCGUACACUACGACGGCAAAUACCUGUUCGAACAUUGGUCGCACACAUGGAGCAUCAACUCCGUUUUUGCCUUCCUCACCACCUUUUUGGAGGCUGGAGUCAUGUUCUACGUUGCAGCGUGUAUGGGCCAGCUGCGCUGGCACUGGUUUCGGAAGAAACAACACCGACUGGACUGGCUGGAGAUUAUGAGCGACGCUCAAAGGCCUUCGGGUGCCAUGAAGCUGCUAUUCAGGCCCGGAUCACAUCGACAAUUCGCCGUGGUCGGUGCCAUCAUCGUGCUCUGCUUGCUCGGCGUGAACACUUUCACCCAACAAGUAAUCACAGAAGUCACCGGGCACUUCGCACUCGGCUUUGGGGCGGGCUCAGUCCCGAUCAAUACCAAUUACACCUGGUAUGACCAAGGUUCGACUCGAAAUGUAGGCACCCAACAGCCUAUCCCGAAUAUGGUUGCCGCCAUCCAAAACGGCUUCUAUUCCUUCUCUUCCAACCAGCUCUUACCAACAGUGAGUACUUGGUCAUCAUGCAACGGUGACUCCUGCGACUUUGGCAAGUAUCAAUCGAUUGCAGUUUGCAGCGCCUGUGUGGAUGUCACGCAGAACGUCUCAAAUCCAUGCCCAGAUGGAAACUGCGCUGCCACUGACUACUACACCCUGCCAAAUGGAACGCUAUCUCUUCUCGCAAACUCUGGCAUUCUUAACAUCACCUCCGACACCAAGUACCCUAUGAGCUCGGAUCUCUCUCCAGGGCCGUUGAUUGUCCGAACGCUGGCCAUGGUGGCCAAUACUGCCAAAAGUAAUGCCACGGGUGCCCAAGCGACGGAAUGCGCGGCGUGGUGGUGUGUUAAGACUUACCAAAGCCAGAUGAUCAAUAACACGCUACAAGAGACGGUGCUCCACAGUUACACCGACACCUCUGCUGGCGCGAAAACGUCUUACGAUUCCCCGGAUGCGAUUUAUCUGCAGCCGCCAGAAUGCUGGAUCAACAACACAACACCAUCGAACUCCUCGUACUGUUCCUACUGGGCCGGUGCCUACACGCAAGCCGCUCUGCAGAACUUUCUCGCCGCGCCAAACGCUUCUCUACCCUUUCCAGCCUUCCUCAGCGGCUUCACCACCUUCUCUGGCCAGGGGGACGAUAGAACGUACAACUACUCCUCGCUACUGGCAGGUGGCCUGCUCUCCACGUCCGCAAUCCCCUCAAGUGUAUUGGGCAGUAUCAAGUACGGCUUCACGCAAAUGGCGGAGCAGAUGACCGUCAACAUCCGCAGCAUGGCGACGGCCGAUGGCGGGGCAGAGUACAGUUACAGCAAUGGCACGCAAACCGAGCCAAAGUUCCACGUCCGAUGGGGAUGGCUCGCAUAUCCGAUCGCCAUCGUCGUCAUUUCGCUGAUCUUUCUGGCCAUCACGAUCUGGAUCACCCGGCGGGACGAGAGCUGGAAAUCAUCCAUUCUCCCCAUCCUGUUCCAUUCCUUCGGUGGCGUCGCCCGGGAGGACUUUAUCAAACUCGACACGGUGAAGGAGAUGCGGUCGGAGAGCAAGAGGCGGAAGGUGAGUCUCGGGCACCACCACGGCCAUACAGAAUUCAGAGCGGGGAUGGUGAAGCCGUGGCGACAUGGGACGGCGCGUGAGAUGUCUGAGACCGCUGCUGGAGAUGUGGGAGCCCUUGCGGAUAUCCUCAAUCAGGCUCAGAAUUGA